CUGGAGCGGGAGCGGGAGGCGACGCGGGCCACGACGCGCGGCGGGAAAGACGCGGCAAUGGCGGGCCGGCGCGGGGCGCUCAUCGUGCUGGAGGGCGUGGACCGCGCUGGGAAGAGCACGCAGAGCCGCAAGCUGGUGUCCGCGCUGCGCGCCGCCGGCCACCGCGCCGAACUGCUCCGCUUCCCGGAAAGAUCAACUGAAAUUGGAAAACUUCUGAGUUCCUACUUGGAAAAGAAGAGUGACAUGGAAGAUCACUCGGUGCACCUGCUCUUUUCUGCUAACCGUUGGGAACAAGUGCCGUUAAUUAAAGAAAAGUUGGACCAGGGAGUCACCCUCGUCGUGGACAGAUACGCGUUCUCUGGGGUCGCAUUCACCAGUGCCAAGGAGAACUUUUCCCUAGACUGGUGUAAGCAGCCUGACGUGGGCCUCCCCAAACCCGACCUGAUCCUGUUCCUGCAGCUGAGGCUGGCGGACGCGGCCACCCGUGGCGAGUUCGGCUGCGAGCGCUACGAGAACUGGGCGUUCCAGGAGCGGGCGUUGCGGUGCUUCCAGCAGCUGAUGACGGACCCCACGCUGAACUGGAAGGCCGUGGAUGCUUCCAGAAGUGUCGAGGACGUCCACGAGGAAAUCCGCACACUCUCUGAGGACACCAUUCGAACCGCUGUGCAGCGGCCACUGGAGGAGCUGUGGAAGUAGCCGGCGCUCGCCGGGAGCAGCAGCGUGGCCUCUCCCUCACGGGGCCACUGGCUGCUGCGUCUGCAGGAGGUUCCCGGUCACCACGGUGGGGACUGUGUGGUUUCCAUGGGCAGCAGCGGCAACGCAGGAACACGGAGGAGACCACGAGCCUGGCUGGCAUCGGGGGGCACGUCGGCGCCAGGCAGCGCGAGCACACUGGGUGCAGGGCCGUUCUGGCCAAAGCCCGCUGCCCUGGCCCCGCACCCCCUCAUGUCCUGUAGCUGCUCCUGCGCGUUUGUCGACGUUUAGAUCUCUGCAUCCGGGGGCUUCGGUGAGGUCGUUCACGUGGCAGCCAGUGGCAUUCUGGAUUUCUUACAGGCACCAAUAAAAGCUAACAUGGAACUGGCA